AGCAAUUUCACAAUUUUAAAGGAUAAAUGUUCUUAUCUGCAACUUUGUGGGAAAUAGAACAUACAAGGCAUACUUAUGGGCUCAGCUAUUUUAUUGACAAGAUAAAUAUUUUAUGCAGAGGAAUAGAAACUUUAAAUUGGAUUGAGCCAACCGAUUGAACCAGUGAUCCAGCAAUUGAUUUAGUGAUUCAGUAGCCUGACCGGUUCGGUUUUGACAACUAUGCUUCAGAGUCUCCGACUCACCGUUCUCCUCCUUUAGCUGCUGGUCCAGCAACACUUCAACAGGGAAACAACCCUUUCGAUCUCCGUUUGCCAUAAAUCCCAACCAUUGCUGGAAUUUGUUUCUCCUAUCGCAAAGUUCUGAUCUAAUUCACCCCCAUGGCAAAGGGUAAAGCAACUUCAGAGCUCAACAUCGCUAUUAUUCACCCUGAUCUCGGCAUAGGUGGAGCUGAAAGAUUGAUUGCGGAUGCAGCUGUUGAGCUUGCUUCCCAUGGCCAUAAAGUUCAUAUUUUUGCUGCACACCAUGAUAAAAAUCGAUGCUUUGAGGAAACUAUUUCUGGUACCUUUCCAGUUACCGUGUAUGGUUCCUUUCUUCCCCGGCAUGUAUUCUACCGUCUUCAUGCAUUGUGUGCUUACCUCCGGUGCCUAUUUGCUGCUUUCUGUAUGCUUUUUUUGUGGCCUUCGUUUGAUGUUAUAAUUGCUGAUCAGGUCUCCGUAGUCAUUCCCAUCUUGAAACUUAAAAGAUCAGCAAAGAUUGUAUUCUAUUGUCAUUUUCCUGACUUGUUGCUGGCUCAACAUACCACUUUCCUCCGGAAGUUGUAUCGGACACCGAUAGACUAUGUAGAAGAAGUAACAACUGGAAUGGCUGAUUUGAUACUUGUUAACAGCAACUUCACUGCUUCAACUUUCGCGAAUACUUUUAUACAUCUCAAUGCCAAAGGGAUUCGACCAGCUGUUCUGUACCCUGCAGUUAAUGUGGAUCAGUUCAAAGAACCCAAUUCCUUUAAGCUGAACUUUCUUUCCAUUAACCGCUUUGAAAGGAAGAAGAACAUAGAAUUAGCAAUUUCAGCUUUUGCUAUGCUUGAUUCGCCUGAAGCUUCUUUGACUAUUGCAGGUGGCUUUGACAUACGAUUGAAGGAGAAUGUGGAAUACUUAGAAGAGCUUAAGGCUCUAGCUGAAAGAGAAGGUGUCUCUAAUAGAAUAAGAUUCAUCACCUCUUGCUCUACCACUGAAAGGAAUGCCCUACUAUCGGAAUGCCUGUGUGUCAUUUACACUCCAAAGGAUGAGCAUUUUGGCAUUGUUCCGGUGGAGGCGAUGGCGGCAUACAAACCUGUUAUUGCAUGCAAUAGUGGUGGACCAUUGGAGAGUGUGAAGAAUGAUGAAACAGGAUUCCUUUGUGAUCCUAUACCAGAAGAGUUUUCUUCUGCAAUGGCUAAAUUCAUAAAAGAUCCCAAAGAGGCUGAAAGAAUGGGUAGAGAAGCUAGAAAGCAUGUCGUUGAUUCAUUCUCCACACACACUUUUGGCCAAAGUUUAAAUAGGUAUAUAGUUGACAUUCACAGAGGAAAAGAGGACUAAUGUCACCUUUUUGAAUCAAAUUUAUUUUCCAACAUGGUAUAUAACAUGAUUUUGAUACGCAAAAUUGUUCAAUUGAUGAUCAUUCAACAUGAUCUUAGUUCACUUGGUUAACCAUCUUAUAAGUGUUGGAA